AUGAGUAGUGUUGUCAACAAGAGCGGGACACGUUUUGCCCCGAAGAUCAAACAACGCCGGGCUGUUGUAGCAGCUCCAGAGAAAGAACCAGUGACGAGCAAUAAUGAAACUUCUAAAGAACCCGAAAAAGACAAUUCAGGACUGUCAGAGACUGCCAAAUCGACACAGACCACACUAACGGAGGAUAUGGAUCCUUUGAGUCAGAGCACUCAAAAGGUUGUGGGCCCGGAGGGAGAAACUAGUGGUUCUGGUAACUCUGCCUUAAUCGACCAAAGGAGAAGAUCCAGCAGGCUGGAUUCUUUGAGUAGUGCCAGCGCAGUUUUCAAGAGUGGGUUUAUGGAACCAGCUUCCGGUUCUGGGCUAUCAAGAGAAUCUGCGAAAAACCGUCGAUUGUCGAACAUUAGUGGACCACAGGCUAAGGGCAAGAAAAAACGAGCAAGUAGCAUAUCUGAAUCGGAUUCUUCCCUCCAGGCCAUUAAGAAAAGACGCAUGUCUUCCAGGUCGUCCAUAUCUCGCAAAACGGGGUCAGCCCAGCGGAUAAGCAUCUUGUCACAGCCCAACGGAUCCGAAGACCAUGCGGGAGCGACUGAGAAAGAUGCUCUGAAAAGUGAGGGUUCUGAGGAUCUUUUUCAGCGCACAGAUAGACUUUACGAGAAAUACACAAUCGCAACCGCUGCAGAAAUACCGAAAAAUAUUGCCGACAAUGAUUCUUCUCGAUAUCUGUUGGAUGAGGACAAUUUUACCAUUGCAGACCUGUGCAAACCCAAUCUGCCAAUCGGGGAAACUUCAGACAAUUUCCAAAGAGCUCAAGAUGCUUUGAAGGCCAAACAGCAAAACAGACUGAAAAGGAGAGCCAUGCGGUUGAAAGCGCGUGAAAAUUUCAGGCCAUUGAAUGAACUUAAUAAGGAAGAUGCUGAAAAACUGCUCCAAGAGCGGAAAAAAGCCGCCGAGGAGAUAAUGAACGCCGAGAUUCCCGAGCCAGAUAGAGGGCACAACGCAAUUCAGCUUCGCAUCAAUCAGGACGGUACUUUCGCAGUCGAUGAAGAGUCUACUGUAGUGGAUCGUCACAAAAGGGCCACUCUGGAACAUGCCCACAAACUGCGCAUGGAUGAAAACCCUUUCGCUAAUCUCUUUAACUCCGCCACUUAUGGGCGUCAGCAAUAUACCGAUCCCUGGACUGUCGACGAGCUUUUAAGAUUCUAUAAAGCGCUCUCCAUGUGGGGGACGGAUUUCAAUUUGAUAGCCCAGAUGUUUCCUUACCGGACAAGACGUCAGAUCAAGGCCAAGUUUGUCAACGAGGAGAAGAAGAAUCCUGUUAUGAUUGAGCUUGCGCUGCGUGCGAAGUUGCCACCAGAUUUUGAUCAUUAUUGCACAGAAAUUCGCAAAGAGCUGGUCUCACUAGAAGACUUCAACAGUAAAUUCCAGGAUCUCCAGAAGGACCACGAGAAGCAUCUUCUCGAAAUUGAAGUUUCGAAGCAGAGUGCAAAGGAGGAAGACUUACAGACCCAAAAGGUUAAAGAGAUGGAAAGCGUAAACAAGAAGACCUCAGGCGGUCUCAGACGCGACCAAUUGAAUGCUUACAGAAAAACUGAGGUCGUCCUGGGGACAAUUGAUCAGAUGAAAAGGCAGAGGGCACAGGAGCCCGAAGAAGAGGCAGACUAA